GACUGAACAAAGCGCACCGCAAAGAUGUCGGACUACGAAGAUGAGAUGGAUGUGGAUGCCCCGGCUGCACGCGAUGCGAUCACGUUCAGUUCAGACAAUUCGAAAGGCAAGCGGAGCGCUGCCAACCUACCAGUUGAGGCCGAAGACAGCCUGCCAUGGGUCGAGAAAUACCGUCCAGAUACUUUAGAAGAUGUCUCUGGCCAUCAAGAUAUUCUCGCAACAAUCAACAAGUUUGUAGAUACAAACAGACUUCCCCACCUUCUCCUCUAUGGCCCUCCCGGCACCGGUAAAACGUCCACAAUCCUCGCUCUUGCCCGUCGAAUCUAUGGCUCGAAUAUGCGGCAGAUGGUUCUGGAACUCAACGCCUCGGAUGAUCGUGGUAUCGACGUUGUGCGGGAACAGAUCAAGACCUUUGCCAGCACGAAGCAGAUCUUCAACAUGAAGUCGAGUUCUCCCACAUCAAUUGCGGCAUACAAGCUUAUUAUACUCGACGAGGCGGAUGCGAUGACGUCUACGGCCCAGAUGGCGUUGAGGCGGAUCAUGGAGAAAUAUACGGCGAACACGAGAUUCUGUAUCAUUGCGAAUUACACACAUAAGCUCAGUCCAGCACUGCUGAGUCGAUGUACGAGAUUCAGGUUCAGUCCGUUAAAGGAGGCGGAUAUUCGGGUCUUGGUAGAUAAAGUGAUUAUGGAAGAGAACGUAAACAUCAGUCCCGAGGCCACGGAUGCCCUGGUGCGACUCAGCAAGGGAGAUAUGCGACGAGCCUUGAAUGUUCUCCAAGCCUGUCACGCAAGCAGCACACCCCUCCACGUCAAAGGCACGCCCAAAACGGCGGAGAAAGACAUCGUCCGGGAUUUAAUCACGGCGACGACUAUCUACGAAUGUAUCGCAUCGCCGCACCCCGACGACAUUAGCAAGAUCCUGAACACGCUCCUGAAGACGCCCGAUGUCACGUCCUGCCUCACCAUGAUCAAUUCCCUGAAAGCCUCGCAGGGCCUCGCGCUCGCCGACAUCAUCACGGCGCUGAGCGACGAACUGACCAAGCUGGAUGUCCCCGCCGCGGUCAUGGUGACUUGGCUCGAUGGCCUCGCGGAGGUUGAGUACCGGCUCAGCGGCGGCGGAAGCGAGAUGGUGCAGACGGGCGCCAUGGUAGGCGUGGUGCGGAAUGGCGCGGAGCUGCUGGGCGGUGCUCAGUAGUAGAAAGAGGCUGGGAUCAUGCAUAGGUUGGUUGGGCGUUCAACGGGUUCUAUUGGGACGUUUCGGAGUUGCAUGUUGGAUUGUGUAAGGUAGUCUUGAAACACAGAUCAUGACCUGGGCAGUGGUGAGUGAGCUUGGACUUUGCGUGCUGGUAGUGUCUGCUAGCUAAAUAAAUAUACAUAAACAUAAGAGCAAACCUCGC